AUGUGUUUCUCCAAUCUGAAGGUGGUGCUGCUCGUCAGGGACCCUCGUGGCGUGCUGAGCUCCCGCCAGACGCACUCCUGGUGCCGCACCUGGCCGGACUGCUGGGACCCCGCGCUCCUUGCGGUGCGUUUUGAGGAUCUGGCGCUGAACUACACUCGCGAGACAAGGAGGCUGUUCCAGACCCUCGGAAGGUCCAUGGGGGUGGCAGUGGAGGACUUCUUCAAGGCUCAUACACACAACGCAAGGGACAAAACCGCAUACUCCACCUUCAGGGUGUCUCACAAUGUACCAUUCCAGUGGAUAAAAUACCUCGAUUACCAAUUUGUCAAACAGAUACAGGAGGUGUGUUUGGAGGCGAUAUCCCUGUGGGGCUACCGCGCGGCGCUGAGCGCGGGGCACAUGCGGAGCCGGCACUUCCAGCCCGUCGGCCCGUGUGGCGUCACUCAGGCCGUGCCCGUCAUCUGA